CGUCACAUCCCCUUGACCCUCCAAUCACCUCGGGCUCCCAUUUGAUUGGAAGGCGGCAAAGGCUUUAAUCUCCCCCUCCGUGCAGCUGCUUUUGAAGUGAGUUUCCUCGCCAGAGCCCCGGCUGGACAAGCAGCGGCUCACGUCGCCGAGCGCAGCGCCGGCUCGGGGCCGGAAGAGCGCAGCGCAGGGCACAGCCCGAGACAGACACCGCGCACCGCGGGGGCACUCCCGCAGUCCAUCCUGCUCUUCUAGCCCCGCCACGGCUCCCCUGCGGGCCACCCAGGAUUAUUCGCUUCUGACUCCAGGCGGCGAGAAGGCGCGCGGGGCUCCCGCGUCCGCCGCGCCAGCUCCUCCUCCAGCUGCUCCCGCUCCCGGGGCGAACGCGCAGCCCGGAGCCCGCCCCGCGCGUCUCGGAGCCCUCCCCCCGCUGCUCCCAUGCACGCGGGUGGGUCAUGAGCACAGCGCCCUCGCUUUCUGCCCUAAGAAGCAGUAAGCACAGCGGCGGCGGCGGUGGCGGCAGUGGCAGUGCGGACCCUGCCUGGACCAGCGCGCUUUCUGGAAAUUGCUCCGGCCACGGCCCAGGCUCCUCCCCGGCCGGCAGCACCAAGCCUUUUGUGCACGCCGUGCCCCCCUCUGACCCCCUGCGCCAGGCUAACCGCCUGCCCAUCAAGGUGCUGAAGAUGCUGACGGCACGGACUGGCCACAUUUUACACCCAGAGUAUCUGCAGCCCCUGCCUUCCACGCCCGUCAGCCCCAUCGAGCUGGACGCCAAGAAGAGCCCACUUGCGCUGCUGGCUCAAACAUGUUCGCAGAUAGGGAAGCCGGACCCUUCGCCCUCUUCCAAACUCUCCUCGGUCGCCUCCAACGGGGGCGGCGCGGGUGGUGCAGGCAGCGGAGCCGGGGGCGACAAGGACGCCAAGUCGGGCCCCCUGAAGCUGAGCGACAUCGGCGUGGAAGACAAGUCGAGUUUCAAACCUUACUCUAAACCCGGCUCAGAUAAGAAGGAGCCGGGAGGCGGCGGCGGAGGCGGCGGUGGCGGCGGCGGCGGCGGGGGUGUUGCUGCGGAGAAGUCAGGAUUCCGGGUACCGAGCGCCACCUGCCAGCCAUUUACGCCCAGGACAGGCAGUCCCAGCUCCAGCGCCUCGGCCUGUUCGCCGGGAGGCAUGCUGCCCUCCGCCGGGGGCGGCCCGGAGGGCAAGGACGACAAGAAAGAUCCGGAAGCUGGCGGCGGUGGCAGCAGCAAGGGCUCCGGGGGCGCCCCGGCGGACGGGGUACCUGCCGGGCUGGCGCAUGGCCGGAUUAGCUGCGGCAGCGGAAUUAACGUGGACGUGAACCAGCACUCCGAAGGGGGUCCAGGAGGCAAGGCUCUAAGCUCGGACUGUGGUGGCUCUUCCAGCUCCAGCUCGGGUUCGGGUCCCAGCGCACCCACCUCGUCGUCGGUGUUGGGCUCCGGUCUGGUAGCCCCGGUAUCUCCCUACAAGCCGGGCCAGACUGUGUUCCCUCUACCCCCCGCGGGCAUGACCUACCCAGGCAGCCUGGCUGGGGCCUACGCUGGCUACCCGCCCCAGUUCCUGCCACACGGUGUGGCGCUCGACCCCACCAAGCCUGGCAGCCUGGUAGGGGCUCAGCUGGCAGCGGCCGCAGCCGGCUCUCUUGGUUGCAGUAAGCCAGCGGGUUCGAGUCCUCUGGCUGGGGCAUCGCCGCCAUCAGUGAUGACAGCCAGUUUGUGCCGGGACCCAUACUGCCUCAGCUACCACUGCGCCAGCCACUUGGCCGGGGCUGCAGCUGCCAGCGCCUCGUGCGCGCAUGAUCCGGCUGCUGCAGCGGCAGCGCUCAAAUCGGGAUACCCGCUGGUGUACCCCACGCACCCACUGCACGGCGUGCACUCCUCACUGACGGCUGCCGCUGCUGCAGGCGCCACACCACCCUCCCUAGCCGGCCACCCCCUCUACCCCUACGGCUUCAUGCUCCCUAACGACCCGCUCCCCCACAUCUGCAACUGGGUGUCCGCUAAUGGGCCGUGCGACAAGCGCUUCGCCACGUCCGAAGAGCUGCUGAGCCACUUGCGGACCCAUACGGCCUUCCCAGGGACAGACAAACUGCUGUCGGGCUACCCCAGUUCUUCUUCUCUCGCCAGCGCCGCCGCAGCAGCCAUGGCUUGUCACAUGCACAUCCCCACGUCGGGCGCACCAGGCAGCCCAGGGACCCUGGCGCUGCGUAGCCCCCACCACGCACUGGGACUCAGCAGCCGCUACCACCCGUAUUCCAAGAGCCCGCUCCCCACGCCCGGUGCCCCAGUGCCGGUGCCUGCUGCCACCGGACCCUACUACUCCCCCUAUGCCCUCUACGGACAGAGACUGACCACUGCCUCCGCACUGGGGUAUCAGUGAGGGCGGCCUAGAAGAAUUUGGAAAAAGAGGAAGGAGCUGGGGGGAUGGGAGGUUCGAGGGAGGGGCAGGGCCCGAGAGAGGUUCCUGACACCCUCAGGGGCAGAAGACCCAGGCUACGAAGGGAAAAGAAAGUUUAAAUCUUACCUAUCCACCCAACCAGAGAGCGCGAGUGAGCCUGGAUGGGAAACUUCUCCACCCCUACUCCCCAACAAAACUUUAUAAAAGUUGAAAAAAAAUCAUUUGACUUUUUAUAGAAAAAGAAGGAAAAAUAAUUGAGAAAGUGUUCAUCUGAGGACUUCGCCGGUGAACAUUGGUAUUUAUUUAUGUUAGCUCCAAGCGGACCCGUGGUUCAAAAGUGCAUUAUUUAGUUUGAGCUCCGUAGGUUAAAAGGAAGAGGGGGGAAUUAAAACCCGAGGGUAAAUAUGUGGAAAACAAACCCUCCGAUCCCUUGUAGAGUAUAAAUAAAAACAAAACCGCUACAGAAUUAGGGGUCUUCUCUUUAAUGUUACUUUAAAAUUGCUAUGAUUGUAUUGUGCGUUCUUAUUUAAUGUCUGAUUGAAACUCAAAUUUACAUGCAUGUUUGUUACAAAAAAGAAAUGAAAAAGACGAAACAAAAUAAGUCACAAUUUGUCAACUCUGAUUUCAAAUUGCAAUUAUUUUUAAGGUGUACACCAUCGAAAGAGAAUGGGUAUUUUUUUGUAUGUAUUCUGG